UGCACUCUGCUCCCAUGGAGAAAGUGCUGGCACGACACCUUUUGGAGCGGUACGAGCAAGUGGGUCGAAUGGGCCGACCUGUGAUGGAGGCAACGGACACGAUGGUGGUCAACUUCAGUUUGUCUCUGAUCCAGAUCCUAGACGUGGAUGAGAAGAAUCAAGUCUUCAAAACCAAUAUUUGGUACCACUAUCGGUGGAGAGACAUCAUCCUUCAGUGGAACCCCUCUCACUACGACAAUAUCACAAACAUCCGGAUUCCCUCUAACAAAAUAUGGCUACCGGAUAUCCUGCUGUAUAACUUUGCAGAUGAUCGCCUACGGGAGCAGCGGGACGCCCUUGUUGUUGUCGAACACACGGGAGACUUAUUGUGGAUGCCUCAAGCGAUUCUCAACAGCUCCUGCACAUUCGACACACUGUUCUUUCCCUUCGAUGAUCAAACAUGCCAUCUGAAAUUUGGUUCCUGGACUUACAACGGGGACAAACUUAACAUUGAUUUCAUAGGUGGUCACCAGGAAAUCAACCUGGACGACUACAUGCAGUCCAACGAGUGGGACCUUGUAAAGAAUGUCGCUGUCCGAAACGUCAAGUUUUACACGUGCUGCCCGGAGCCUUACCCAGACUUGACCUUCACGUUACAGAUGAAGAGAAAGGUAGCCUUUUAUACUCUCAUCCUCAUUUUACCGUGUGGCCUACUUUCGCUUCUAACACUGGUCAUCUUCUGGGUACCCCCUGAGUCUCCUGCCAAGCUGCAGCUGGGGAUGAACAUUUUCCUUGCCUUCUUUCUGCUCCUGUUGCUGCUUGCUGACUUCACACCUAGGGCAGCUACUUCAAUACCACUCAUAGGAGCUUAUUUCUGCCUGAGCUUAAUCAUGAUCACAUUAUCCACGGUGCUUGCAUGUAUUGUAGCCAACAUGUACUUCCGGGGCAUACGGGUUAACAGAGCACCAAGAUGGCUGCGAUCUUGUAUCAUAGACGGAGCAGCCAAACUGCUGUGUGUGAACGAAGUCAUUCAAGAGAAAUCCACGCAGCCCCCAACGACGCCCAGGAAAGUUUGGUCUACCUACGUCACUGGCGUCAGGAGCCAAUCGGAUCCGGAGACUCUGGACUCCCUGCUACUGGAGGAGGUGAGUUUACUUUUGUUGCAUGGUUACAGCCUCCAAGAACAGGGGGGGGGGGGGGGUGAAGGAGGUGAGUCUUCUUUUGUUGCAUGGAUACAGCCUCCAGGAACAGAGAGUAAUCAAUGUCAUCAAAAUGUGUAUCUGUAUUCGCAGAUUUCCUCCCUGCGGGAACUAAUGGACGAGGAGCUGGCGGUCACAGAGAGUUUGGAGGAGAGUCAGAAGCACAUCCUGGAGUGGAGAAUGAUUGCCUGUGUGAUGGACAGAAUAUUCUUCACUUCUUACAUCACAAUAAACAUUUUAGGAUUGUCCGGUCUUCUUCUGCGCAAUUAUCUCUUAUGA